AUGCCACCUAACCCAUCUCAGCUUCAACAGCACAUUGUGACAUCUAAUCAGUCUUAUCCACCUACCACCGACACGACCCAUCAUCAACCCCAUCAACCUAAUCAACAACAAUCGCAAAACAUUGUGAUGCCAAUGGAUGGUGAGUUCGAAAACAAUUUCACUUUAGUCAAACGAAAACAGAAGAGAUCAAAAAUUGAUCAUACACAUAAUGAUUCACCUUCGUCCUGCUCAACAACAUCAACAGCCAGCACCAACAGUUCAACUUCUUCAACAAAUACUAGUAGCAUUGACACCAAUAUUUAUCCAACUAAUUCUGAUCGUCCACAAACAAAGUCAAUUAAGACAUCUCGUCCUCAAACAGAUACAAAUAAUAAAAAUGUACCCAACACAAGAUAUAAUACAAAUGAAAUUUCACAAGAAGCUCGUCGUUAUGCAGAAACUCGUUAUCCAUUUCCUCCCUUCGUAAUUAAAUUCCAACAAGAUGUAGAUGAAAAGUCUACAAUUAAAAAUAUAAUGAACUACUUUACUGCCACCUACAAUGCUAAGAUAGUAUUGGCAGGUCAUCGUUUAAAGAACAAACGAGAAUUACUAUUGUUUGUGGAAAAUCGUGAAUCAUUUUCUUUUUUCUUCGAUGAUUGCAACUGGCCAACAACGAUUGAUUCAUUAGUAUAUGAAAAGACUCGACCAAAUCAUCUACCCCCUCAAUUUUCUGUUAUCCUUCGUAAUGUACCAACUGAGAAGGACAUUAAUCUUCUAUUAGAUUAUAUUAAAAAUGAUUAUCCGAACGUGAUAAAUGCAUUUCGAUUAUCCAACAAAAAUCAACUUCCAUCAACAAUUGUUCGUCUUGAUAUUACUUCGGUUAAAACUAUUGAUGAAUUAUUAAAUAAAAAAUCUAUUUAUAUUAAUAAUGUACGAUUACCUGUAACUGAAUACUUGGCUCCUGCCAAAGUGUUAAUCUGUUCGAAGUGUUUUCAAAUUGGACAUUUUCGAAGCACGUGCAAAAGUUUAAUUGAAUUUUGCAAAGUAUGUGGACGUGGUGUUGAUGAUAUUAAACAACAUAAAAAUGUUUGUAGUGGUAAACGAUGUUGUCUUAGAUGUACUGGUGAUCAUGAUUCAAAUGAUUAUAGAUGUCCUGAUAUUAAAACUUAUCGUGCUAUAUUAACAAAAUCUCUAUUAACUUCUGCUGGUCCAGUUAAUCAUCAUCAUAAUAAUUCAACAAAUUAUUGGUUCAAUGAUCAAGAUUUUCCCAUUUUAAAUGGUAAUCGUGGUAAUUAUCCUCGAAGUAAUGAAGCACUUGUUAGUACUGGUAAACGUAUCGAUGACUUGUUUAACAAGUUGAACAAAUUAGAAAAAAAUUUUGAUAGAUUACUUGAACUUAAUAAUAAUUCUUUAGAUCAACUUGCUCGUACACAACAAAUGCUGCUAAAACACGACCACGAAUUAAAUAUACAAAAACAUGAUAUUACAUUUCAACGAGAAUUUGUUAGUCAAUUUGUAUCUCCAAUUUGUCAAGUGCUGGUCGAUGUUAUUCCAACAUUAGUUAAACAAAAUGUUAUCAACGACAAAACUUUACUUUGCCCAUCAUUAACUGCUUGGAGUGAAAAACUGGCUAAUGAAUUACCGGUAUGGACAAAUCGUUUUUUACAAAAUGAAAAUAUUAAAGCCAAGCUUAUUAAUGAUUUUAACAUGUUAAACCAAAAUCCACAUACUGACUCUACCAACAGCAAUCUCCAUCUUCCUUCACCAUCAUAG